CAUCAGCAAGUACGAUAUGAGUGACCACUCUGAGUUGGAAGAAGUAUAAGGGAAGCGAUUCAUAUAGACUGAUAGAUUGCUUAGUAGCAUGGAAGAACUAAAGCAUCAAGUUAUGAUAAACCAGUUUGUCUUAAUAGCUGGAUGUGCGUCAGACCAAGCAAAGCAGCUUCUACAAGCGGCACACUGGCAGUUUGAGACUGCUCUUAGCGCAUUUUUCCAAGAAGCUAAUAUUCCAUACAGCCACCAAAUGAUGUGCACGCCUUCCAACACCCCGGCAACUCCGCCCAACUUCCCGGACGCUCUCACCAUGUUCUCCCACCUCCGAGCCUCCGAGAGCAUGAGCGCUGGUAGCUCCAUGGCACCCAUGGCCACCUCGCCGCCCCCGUAUAUGAACUGGUCCAUGGGCGCUGCACACAGCCCCGGGCCGCAGGGACUCUGGGCUGCGGCUCAGCUGCCAUCCCAGACAGUGGCAUCGGACUGGCCCUCGGCACUCACCCAGCAGGCAUCCUCUGAGCAGCCAGGUCUCGCCGUGGAGGCAGAGAGAUGAGGAUGUGGGAGGCCUGGUCCGUCCUGCAGGCGGUCCUGGUUCAACAGCGGCCUGAAGAGCAGCUCUGGUGGUGCGACGGCAGGAGAACACUGAGAGGCUGGAUAACGCAGCGGGUGGGCAUUUGAGACAUGGGAGCAGAGCACGUGUGCUUGUUCCAGAGACUGGACAGGAGACUAGAGACAGAUAAAGUUCCUGGGUUUUUUAAAAUGUUUUUGUUGUUAUUGUUGUUUUUCCAUAGUAAUUUAAUUUCAAAGCAUUAAUUUCUUGCUUAUGUAUCCCCUUCAAAAGAGCUCAAUGAGCAAGGAGUCAUUUCUGCUGUUUGCACUGUGAUGCGUAUAAUUUCCUGUUGCAGUGUUGAUCCUGAUGAUGAACUGAAAUCAGUUUGUGUGUGACUGUUGUAGGCAGUAGGAGCUGGAAUGCUGAAAUCAUACUUUGAGACACAGGACAACUUGAUUUUAGUUUUUUUGUUUGUUCGUUUUAACAAAAAACACCACCACUGAUUAUGAUGUUAAGAUGGUCUAGGAAGUAAUGUAUAUGUCAAGAUCCAAUUAAUCAUCUGUUAUGUGUAUGGAGAAGGGACAUAUUUACACAGAAGCAGUUUUCCACGUAACAUUAUUUAUUUCCUUAAAAUGUUUGUAUAAUAGCUCUAGUUAGAAAUGGUCAGUGUACAGAUCCCUUUUCUAACAGUUUAUUAAAUUGCAAAUGGCCAGUCUAGAUAUGCUCCAUUUUUGCUAAAAUCACUAAGUACAAAUAUGGCAUUGUUAUGACUCUUCUUUCUCUAUGGCUGUGUUUUAAAAUCCAUAACAUAUUUGUUAAUUUUAACUAGAUUGCCAAUUUUUGUCAGUUAUUAAAUAAACAGUUUUACAGUGUGUUUUA